AUGGGCAGGCAAGGUGCGUUAGAAAGAGGUACAGUCUCGCUGAGAAAGACUGACACGACCCAAUCAGGUCCGGUACGACAAGGAAAUGGUGGCGCUCAGGGUAUUGGCGAGCCACAGGUUGCGAAGCCCUCCGUCACCGCCCAGGCAACCGCUGUGCGCCAGGAGGCUGAACGAAUCUGCACGAAGUUAAUCACGGAUUGCAUCGUCACAUUCGGCGCUGGUGUCGUCGUCAAAUCUAUGAUCCCCGGCUUCCAGACGACCACGGUCAGGAUCAGCGGACUUCCUUCCAACACAACCUAUGCUUCCCUCUCUGAAUUCAUUUCACGCCACAAUAUCGCGCCUGGUCGCUACUACAUAACCUCGCCUAAUCCAUCCAAGGUCGCAUAUGACAUUCGCACUGAUGCGUUGGGUGCUGGCCGACUUGCGCAAGUCUUAGAGGCUUCCUUUGGCGACAGUCGGUAUCUUGAUGUGUCGAUAACCGACGAGCGACCAGGUAGCAUGGUCAAUACGCUACCUCACGGAUUUCCGCUGCUCGCUUGGUGGAGCAAACCCAAUGUCGGCUACUCGGCAACUCUCCCCUCUCUCGCUGUUGCGCUAUCGAAGGCGAAGGAGCUCAACGGCAAGCCCCUGGGCGGCUCCCCGGUCAGCGUCAAGCUGCCACACCCUUCGCCGCGGAUUAUCGUGGAAAACGUCCCCCGCUCGAUCACCGCAGAGCAAGUUGCCGCCUUCGUUGGAGUUACGGACGUUACGAGACUACGCGUGAAAGAGGACGACGUGGACGCGGCCUUGGAACGAUUGCUCGCAUAUAUGGACCAGCACGGCUUCACGGCGUUGCAGGCAGAGGACGUUACUCAGCCCACCGAUAAUUACGUCAAAGUCCGAAUAUGCUUUGAUGACCAGCUUGUCACUAAGCGCGCGCGUUACUACCUCCACGGCCGGGCGUUACACUGGGAUCGUCGCACCGUGGUCUAUACGCGUCUGGAGAAGACCUUCCAAUACAAGUUGUCGGUGCCUGCGGAGCAGUAUAACAUUCAGCGACAGCAAUGGGACGCGCUCGCAGACAGCCGGAAGGCUUGCGUGAUGAAAAUCAAGAGCUCGCCGACUUCGCGCGUCGUAACUAUACAUAUUUCGGGAACGAACAAGUCGGCGGUGGGCCAUCUCAAGGUUCGCGUGGAGGAGCUUGCUCGAGGGCAGACAAUCGUUGCACGGAUGCCGGCGGGGCUCCCCGACAGCUUCUUCGCCAUAGCUAGGUCACGAAAGGGGGUGCUGUUGGUGCAUGACAAGUUCAGUCGUGUCCUGACGGUGUUUGGGAACCCCGCUGCUGUAGCGCUCGCCCGGGCUCACAUCACGAAACAUCUGGACCGCAUACUGUCCGUCGCCACGUAUAUUCGACUACAACCGGCGGUGGUCCCAUACUUCCUUCGGGAAGGGCUCGCCGGGCUCAGAGAGGAGCUGGGAGUGGACAAUCUCUAUCUCAACGGCCCUAAGGCCCGUUGCGUGAUCAUUGUUCCCAAUGGAGACGCUGUGAAGCUCGCUGUCCAGCGUCAUGUCGAAGAGGCUGCGAAGGAUCGCGCGGCUGCGACCACUCUCGACACCACUUGCUCCGUCUGCUACACGGAGGCAUCGGUGCCCUUCCGCUUCGACUGCACCCACGUCUACUGCUCUGGCUGCGUGAAGCACAUGCUUACGAGCGCGGUGGAGAACAAGGCAUUCCCUCUGGUCUGCGUCGGUAACGAGGCCAGAUGCGGCGUGCUCAUUCCCCUGUCGACCAUCCGGAAGUUCCUCACCGACGAGACCAUGGACAGGGUCUUCGAGGCCGCCCUCGCUUCGCAUAUAGAAAGGAAGCCGAAUCAGUGGCGGUACUGCCCAACGGUCGCUUGCGAGCAGAUUUACGCUGCCACCGGCGACGUUGAAGGGACCUUCGCUUGCCCUUCCUGCUUCGUCACCAUCUGCACCUCCUGCCACGAGGAAUCGCACCCCGGCAAGACCUGCGCACAGCAUGCCCGGGAAACCCAGGAAGCCCGGCGCAAGAAGGAGGACAAGCUCAACCAAGCGCUCAUCGACCAGAAGCACUACAAGCGGUGCCCUAAUUGCCAGAUCCUCGUCGAGAAGAUGGUCGGCUGCAAUCGCAUCGUGUGCCGAUGUGGCGUAAACUUCUGCUGGCGCUGCGUGAAGGUGUUCUCAAGGGCGGCGAUCUACCAGCAUAUGCGGGAUGCGCACGGGAAUAUCGGGAUGGGCGAGGACGUGCCGGCGGAGGUGCAUGCGGCGGCGCAGGAGGCGGUGCCGGUGAGGGUCAAUGAGGCGGAGAUGGAGGAGCAGCGUGUUUUGUUGGAGCAGUUUCGGGCGCAGAGGGAUCAGGCGCGAGCUCCUGCGCGGGUCGUGCCGCCUGCCCAAGCUCAGCAACAGGCGCCCGUCCAGCAACAAGCGCCAGCGCCCGUCCGCCAGCAAGCGCCUCCUGCGCGGGUUCAGCAACAGGCGCCGCCCGCGCAGGUUCAGCAACCAGCGCCGGCCCAACAGCAGGCGCAGAGGCAGCCGGCGCCGGUACAAGCGCAAGCUCAGGCGCCAGCGCAGCCAAGACCACAAGCCCAAGCACCGGCUCAGCCCGCUCGAGCUCAGGCUCAGGUCGCUCAGCCGGCGCAAGCGCCCGCCCAACCACAAGCUCGACCGGCACCGGCACCAGUGCCUGCUCAACCACGCCCAGCCCAACCACAGGCUGUACCAGCUCCGGCACCAGCCCAGCUACAAGCUCAACCGCGCCCGAUCCAGCCCCAAGCUCGACCGGCACCAGCGGCUGCGCAGCCGCAGGCUCAACCGCACCCCGUCCAACCACGGACUGCACCCGCGCCAGCGCCUGCUCAGCCGCAGGUCCAACCUGCUCGAGCGCCUGCUCGGCCGGUACAGGUCCCAGCUGCACCGGCACCAGCCCGUCCACCGGCUCAACCCGCUCAAGCGCCAGCUCAGCCACUGGCGCAGCAAGCUCAAGCACCGGCUCAAGCACCCGCCCACCCUCAAGCUCGACCGGCGCAAGCACCUGCUCAGCCGCAAGCCCAACACAGGCAACCGGUACGACAACAGGCUCCACCGGCGGCGGCGCCAGCAGCCCAACCGCAGGUUCGACAACAAGGUCCACCGGCGCCGCCAGCGCCAGCCCAACCGCAGGCUCAACCGAGGGAGCCGGCCGCGCCGCACGCCCAGCCCGCCCAAGCUCCUGCUCAAGCACAAGCGCCACUGAUCCAGCCUCGGGUGCAGCCAAGAGCGCCUGCUCCUCAGCAGCAGCCCGUCCGUCCACGACAGCCUAUUAUUCCUCCCCAACAGCCCGCGCCUCCCCAGCAACCGAUCCCAGCUCAGCAGUCUGUUCGUCCGCCGCAGCCUGCUCCUCAACAACCGGUCCCUUUACCUCAGGCUGCCCCUCAGCCACAGCCCGCACCUCAGCAGCAACCGGUUCAAGCUCAACGGCCUAUCGCUGCACCGCUGGCUGCUCCUCAGCAGCAACCUGCCCCGCCUCAACAGCCUGUUCGCCCACCGCAGCCUGUUCGGCCAGCACAGCCUGUCCCCCAACAGCAGCAUGCUCCACCGCAACAGCCUGCGCAACCCCAGCAGCCUGCCCGCCCACCACAGCCCGCUCCUCAGCAGCAGCCCGCUCCUCCCCAGCGGCCUGCCCCUGACGCUCCUGCGGCUGCGGCAGCCAACGUCGCAAACCCCCCAGCUCCGCGCGCGGACGCUGACGGCAUUCAAUUACACGAGCUGACAAUAGCGCAGAUCGUGCAGCUACGCCGCCUACUCCUCGAUAGCGAGCAGGAGCUUGCCCCGCAUCCAAUCCCGGGUGAAAGGCAGGAUCCGCAUGUCUCAGUGCGGGCUUUUGUGAUCUCUCCACCUGGACAGCAGGUGGUGGACGCUCGUCGUCAGUUACUUGUUCGUGUGCGGCCCGUGCAGCGGUUUGUCGAGCGCAGGUACCAGGACGCAGCGGUGCAGACAGAAGAGGUCGCCGCUGUACCUGCACGUGUGGCGCGAGUAGACGCCGCGGUCGAUGCAACUGCAGCGCCCCAAGCGCAACUCGCGGAAGUUAAGAGAGGUAUCGACAACAAAGAUGCGGCUGCCGGUGUGAAGGCAGAACCAGUUGAGGAAGAGGCAGAGGACGGGGAAGCCUUCCGAGACGCACGCGAGGACGCCGAGGCCGUAGAGGAGCAUGCCGGAGCGGUCAGUCCACGACGUGGAGGCACCGAAAGAGCUGCGACUGCGCGCAACGUCGCACGAGAGGCGAUCCAGGACAACAAGGAGGAAGAGGAAGAUGGAGAGGACAAGGUAGAUGAGCUGGAGAAGGACGACGAGGACGAGGAAGAAGACGAAGAAGAGCUGUAUUGGGGCGUUCAAGGCUUCCUUCACGCUAAACCUCGACCUACUCGCCGUGUCAACCGACAGCAACCAAUGGACGACAACGACGACCUCGGAGAACCAGGCUACGGCUGCAUGGUGAUGUGAACGAUACAUUGAGCUGCUGGACAGCCUCGCGCGCACGACUAUUCCCGGAACUGUUUACGGUCAUUUGCACACUCACUAUGCCCUGUAUCUUUACAUUCACUAUCACACCACGGACAAACGACCUUGUAGCACACCCUACGCAUCGUACAUUGACCUUGGGGAACGAUUAUAUAUUAGCCAUA